UCCUCCUUUAUCCCCUCCUCCUCUCCCUCCCUCUCUUCCUCCUUUAUCCCCUCCUCCUCCUCUCCUUCCCUCUCUUCCUCCUUUGUCCACUCCUCCUCUCCCUCUCUCUCCUUCCCUAUAGCUGCAGGAGGUGCAGGGUUGCAGGAGGGCUUGUGUCUGACCCUGGACUCCUUUCCCAGCCCCCUCUCCGCUCCCUCUUCCUCCGCUAGCUCCACCCUCACUGCCCUGUCCCAGAAGGUCAACCUGCGAGGUCAGGGUUCUAAGGUCACCGGGUCAGAGGUGACAGGCUCAGGCCAGCAGCGCUCUAUCUCCCCCUACUCCUUCCUCUCCUUCCACUCCCCCGAUCCUCAGUCUCAACUCACAGAACAGAGCUCCUCCAGGGUAGUGGAGAACCAGAGGGGGCCAGAGCCUAGCCCCAUGGAGGAGAACCAGGGCUCAGCCCCUCCUCAGCCCCAGGUGGAGAUGCCCAGCCUGCAUCCAUUACUGAUCACCAACCCCAUGGGAGAGAUCAACCCUGGAGGACCAGCAGGUGUAUUCCAAUGUUCAGUGUGCGGUCUGCGCAUGAAGAGGAAGAGCUAUUGGAGGAGGCACAUGUCGGUUCACACAGGGUUAAAGAGUCAACAGUGUCAGCUCUGUCCCUUCCGCUGCUCACGCAAGGACAACCUGACCGCGCACAUGAAGGUUCACAGGCAGCAGGAGAAAGGGGAAGAGUUUCAGUGUGACCUUUGCCCUUUCACCUCACUCCGCCUCUUCAGCCUGAAGCUGCACAUGAGACGCCACCAGAGAACUAACCCCGGAGACACACACACUCCCACGCAGGACACAAACGCACUCACACAGGAAACACACACGGAGAGAGACCGCGAGGGGAAGGAGGAAAGAGAGACAGAGGAGGAGAGGGAGAAGGUGGGAGAGAUGAAGAACGAGGAAGAUAGAGAGGGAAAGAGCCAUUCCCCUGAGCAGGCCGUGUUGAAGCCUGGGUGUAGAGUACAGUUCUCCCCCAGACCCCUCGACAAUGCUCUCUGCUACUCCUCCAGUCAAACUCCUCUGUACCCUGCCACUGUGAAGCAAGAAGCCCUGGAGGUAGAGAGGGAGGGAGAGGGGCAGGGCGACGGGCAGGGCGAGAGGGAGGGAGAGGGGCAGGGCGAGAGGGAGGGAGAGAGGGAGGGAGAGGGGCAGGGCGAGAGGGAGGGAGAGGGGCAGGGAGAGAGAGAGGCAGAGAGGAAGGCAGAGAGGCAGGCAGAGAGGCAGGAUGAGAGAGCGGGAGAAAGGGAGGGAGAGAGAGAAAAGGGGAGAGAUAAAGAAGUCCGUGUGAAAGAGGAGCCUCAAGAGAGGGAGUUCUCAACCCCUCUCCUCUCUCACCAUCUAACCCCCCUCCACCCUUCUCUCACCCUCAAGAGGAACAGGCGCAAGGCCAAUACCCCCCCUGACUCCCCCUCUCCACCCCAACGCAGAACACACACACCAAACACACACACACCCAGCCCCCUCACACACACACACACACCCCUCACACACAUCCCCAUCAUGAUUCCCAUGGCGACCUCGCUCUUCAGCCCUGACAUCAACACUAAGACCGCCUCCGACCUGCUCAUCAAACUCUCAGCAGCCACCCAGCAGGCCGGGGUAGAGCCGGGGGCUGUGGUGAAGCAGGAGCCCCAGGAGGAGGACCUGAGCCCUGGGCAGCAGCAGCAGGCAGGUGAGCCUGGUCUGGCUCUCUCUCCAGACGGGCCUGGGGCUAGUCCUGAGCCCCCCACCUCCCACCUCACCCGACCAGAGGAGGAGAGAGAGAGAGGCCUGCUGGAGCAAGACAUCAGUGUCACUUUGGCUUCUGAACUGCUCAGGAGACUGUCUGAGAAGCAGGAAGUGGUGGUCCAGGGUUUAAAGGUGAAAGAGGAGGAGGAGCCUAUGGAGAUUGACCCCCUGACCCCCAGCGUGACACCUGACCCUAUCCGUCCCCCAGGGGAGCGAGCGGAGUCCGGGAGGGGUGAGAAGACACCCCCUCCACCUCUCCUCCCUAAAGAAGACCAGGAUCUGUUCCAGAGAGAUCUCUUCUCCCAGGACAUCUCAGUCAAAAUGGCCUCUGCUCUCCUUUACCAACUGUCAGAAAAAGUCUGCAAAGCCAACGAGCUGAAAGAAAACGGAUCCUUCUCUAGUCCUGUGGCGGAGAAGCCCUUUACACACACGCCCUCUGCCCGCCCGAACCAGCGGGACCUUACUCAACCCUCCCCAGACAAACCACAGCACGUCAGUAGGUAUAGGUGUCCAGUGUGUUCGUACCAAGCCCAGUGUCAGAGGAGUCUCAACCAUCACCUGGCUUCACACACUUCUAAGACACACACCACCGGCUUCAACUACUACUACAGGUGUCACGUGUGCGGGUUCGAGCUGGAGGGGUGGAGCCUGUUCCUUGGUCACAUGACGGAGCACAGCGAAUGGGAGCGCGAUGCGUUCACUCUCCGCUGCAGUGUGUGUGAUCACUCCACCAGUGAGGAGCGGGCCAUGAGGGCUCACGCCAGCUCUCACACACUUGGAGAGGCAGCGAGCCAGGACUACCUACAGACACACCUGUUGGCAGGCCACACCCCCAAAGACUUACCUGAUGGAAGAGACAGCCCACAAUCUGGAGAGCUCAGGUGCCCUCUCUGUUCGUUCUCCACCAGUCGGCCUGUCUCCAUGGUAACACACAUGCGCUCGUCGCACUCAACGACGGACCAGCACCGUUGCCGCAUCUGCCAAAGGUCGUUUUCACGGCAACCGGAGCUCCAGGCCCACGUCAGGUGUCAUCGUCAGGGCAACCAGUACCGCUGCGAGAGGUGUGGCCACCUGGCCCGAACAGCCAAUAAGCUGAUAGAACACGUGCGUGUGCACACGGGGGAGCGACCUUUCACCUGCGACCUCUGCCCUUACAGCGCCAAACGCCGAGACAGCCUCCGUCUGCACUGCCGACUCAAACACCCCGAUCACACGCCCUCACACGGACACACACACACGCCCUCACACGGACACACACACACACCCUCACACGGACACACACACACACCCUCACACGGACACACACACGCAGGACAGCAUAUACACCGUUCAGCCCUGAAUCCCCUCUCCUCCUCUUCUCUCUCUUCCUGGUUUAGGGGGUCAGACCUUUUUCUCGUCCCCCUCACCACCCUGCUCUCCCUCAGACCCCUCUCUAGCCCCAGACCCUCCUCUCCCUCCCGCUCUUCCUCUCCUUCACCCAAACUCUCUUUCCUAGCCUACCUAGGUCUGACAGAGCCAACCUAAUCAACCUCCCUCCUCCUCUACCCCCUUUCUCCUCUUCUUCUCUACCUCUCUUCUCCUCCCUCCUCUACCCCCUUUCUCCUCUUCUUCUCUACCUCUCUUCUCCUCCCUCCUCUACCCCU